AGAUUAACUGGUUUCCCACUUUCCGCACCACAGAGGCGCUGCAUUUUAAACACACCCUCCUCCAUUUACCCUCGCCGUAUGCCCUUUGGGGAAUCCCCGUGGCCAUCUUUGCCGUCCAAACAAUUAGCCAAGCAAGGUAAAUUGGCAACGUAAAGCAGCCCUAAUUUGUGAUCAUACAAUUCCGUUCACUCUGGACGCUGAAACGCCCCAUAAUUCAAUUCAAGAUGAUUUCUUAGCGGAUGUACAAAGUCAGCCAAAACUUAAAACCAACAUCAAUAUGGAGAAGUCAACAUACAAGUGUAUCAGAGUCAUCUCUUACAAUGGCUGCCCAACAGUGACUCAGGGACAACACGCAGACUUGACCUGUGAGCUCAUAGAGACAGACGAGCUUAUCCAGAUCUCAUGGCAGAAGAGUACCAGGGGUUACCGUGCCAACCACAACUUCUUCCUCAUCACUCUUACCUAUGGUCCAUCACAUGUCAAAGGGCGGGGGGACAGGGUGGACUUCAUUGGGAACACCACAGCACUGGUGGGCUCUGUCCGACUGGGGGAUGUGUCCCUGACUGAGGGCGUCUACACCUGCAUCUUCACUGUGUUCCCCAGUGGGCCAUACAAGACAAAGAUCCACCUCACUGUCCAAAUUGCUGUCGAGACUCUUCCCGUGGAUGCUGAGGGGCAGGAGAGCAUCUUGGCCACAUGCACAGCGGCUACCGCCAAGCCCCCUGCGGUACAGUGGAGUACGGCCAGUGCAAGACAACCACUGAGUCUGAUAACCUCAACCAACACUACACUGAACCCAGACGACACCGCCACGGUGAGGGGCCACCUGAAGGGAGAGCCCUCCAGAGUCAUGCACCAACAGGAGGUUCAGUGCCUGGUGAACCACACCACUCUGAGCCAGCAGAAGGCUGUUCCCUACGAGCUAGAUGUACACUACCUUCCAAAUUCGGUCAAAAUCAUCAUUCAUGAGAGCGCACCCCAGGCACCUGCGUUUCAGUGUUUAGUAGACGCCAAUCCCCCUCCAACAGAGUUCACAUGGAAGAGACUGAAUAGAUCAAAUCUCAGUGAGACUGGGGGCUUGUUGGAGUUAGUGAAGGUGGGCCCUGACUUCAGUGGUCUGUACAGCUGUGAGGUGUCCAACCCAUACGGAGCAGCAUCUGGUUUCCUGUAGUUGCAUGAAGGUAAUGACGUAUGUAA